AUGGCAAGGCAAGAUAAGUCAGGCACAAGUAAAAACAGCUUAGAGAACUUGCUGGACUUGGACAAAACAAGAGCCGCGCAAAGCAUUGCGAAGCAACUGAGAUCCCACAGGUCCAUUCCUGAACAUGGUCUAGAAUUCAAGAACAUAUCAUAUUGUGUCCAGAAGAAGCAAAAGAAUAAUGGUGUUUGGAUCAAGAAAGAAGCUUAUCUCCUUCAUGACAUAUCUGGGCAGGCAAACAGAGGUGAAGUCAUGGCUAUCAUGGGACCAAGUGGGGCUGGCAAAUCAACAUUCCUCGAUGCCUUGGCUGGUCGGAUUGCACAAGGGAGCCUUGAAGGAUCAGUUAGAAUGGAUGGAAAACCAGUCAGUGCAAGUUACUUGAAGAUGGUAUCAUCGUAUGUGAUGCAAGAUGACCAACCUUUUCCUAUGUUGACAGUUUUUGAGACAUUCAUGUUUGCAGCAGAGGUUAGGCUUCCUCCUACACUCUCCAGGGAGGAUAAAAAGAACAGAGUUCAUGAGCUCCUCGAUCAGCUCGGCCUGCAGAGUGCAGCACAUACAUAUAUUGGUGAUGAAGGGACAAGAGGAGUGUCGGGAGGGGAAAAAAGAAGAGUAUCUAUUGGCAUAGACAUCAUUCACAAGCCUGCGCUUCUGUUUCUUGACGAACCAACCUCAGGUCUCGAUUCUACAAGUGCUUACAAUGUAGUGGAAAAGAUUAAACACAUAGCUCAAGGUGGAAGUAUUGUCCUCAUGACCAUACAUCAGCCUUCAUUCAGAAUUCAAAAGCUCCUCGACCAGAUCGCUAUCCUUGCAAGGGGUAGACUGAUAUACAUGGGAAGGCCAGAUGCACUGCCCGCUUAUCUUUCUGGUUUUGGAAGAACAAUACCAGAUGGAGAAAAUAGCAUUGAAUACAUGUUAGAUGUUAUUAAAGAAUAUGAUGAAUCAACUAUUGGUCUAGAUCCCCUUGUUCAGUACCAAUGCUAUGGCCAAAGGCCUGAUCAAUCAGCCAUAACACCAGUCCCUAAAACACCAAAGACUCCAAGAACACCUCACAGAAGUAGCACCCCUGCAUCUAAAUAUAUCAUCAACUUGCUGUCACAAGGGUUCACUCCCGGUACAUCAAAGCCUGACUCCAACCAAGUUGUUGAUGAUGAUGAGAGUUUUGAUUACUCGCUUGAGAGGAAAAGUGCUCAGACGCCAAGGAAUAUGUCCAGUGCUGGUGUCCCACGUUUGGCUUCUCAGUUCUACCAAGAGUUCUCAGCCAAGGAUUUCUCUGUCUGGCUUUACCAUGGUGUGGUAGGAACUCCUAAACGCCAAGUAUCAUGGACUCCGGCCAGAACUCCAGCAUGGACUCCAGCAAGAACUCCAGGGUGGACACCUGCAAAAACACCUAAUUCAGGACCGAGAAGUGUUAUUUCCAGCCAACAUCCUGCAUCUGAUCAGGACCCUUAUCGGGCCAAGACUUCCAAUGUAGUUAGCCAAUCUAUGGACUUCCAUGGACCUUCUUAUGAAGAGUUUGAGAUUGAAGAAGCUCUUGAUGAGCCACAUCUAGGAUCAAAAUAUGCAAAUCCAUGGCUACGUGAGGUUGCAGUGCUGUCAUGGAGAACUGCACUCAAUGUAAUUCGAACACCUGAACUCUUCCUGUCCCGUGAGGUUGUGCUAACCGUUAUGGCGCUUAUCCUCUCCACCAUCUUCAAAAACCUUGGUCAUCCCACUUUCAAAGACAUAAGUAGGCUUCUCAACUUCUAUAUCUUUUCAGUGUGCCUAGUUUUCUUCUCUUCCAACGAUGCUGUCCCUACUUUCAUCUUAGAAAGGUUCGUCUUCAUUAAAGAGACAUCCCACAAUGCUUAUCGUGCUUCUUCAUAUGUAAUUUCUUCCCUCAUUGUUUAUCUCCCAUUUUUCGCCAUCCAAGGCUUCACAUUCGCUGCCAUAACCAAAGUAUUCCUUCACCUAAAAAGCAGUCUCUUCCAUUUUUGGAUGAUCCUCUUUGCUUCGCUUAUCACUACCAAUGCCUAUGUGAUGCUUGUUAGUGCACUUGUUCCAAGCUACAUCACAGGGUAUGCCGUAGUUAUAGCCACAACUGCUCUGUUCUUCUUAACUUGUGGUUUCUUCCUCAAGCGAACUCAAAUACCUUUCUAUUGGAGGUGGCUCCAUUAUAUUUCUGCAAUCAAAUAUCCAUUUGAAGCAUUGCUGACAAAUGAAUUCAAGAAUGAUAAAUGCUACACAGGGAACCUGGCAGAUUUGUCUCCUGGUCCUUUAGGAGAAGUGAAGCUAAGCUCCCACCAUAACAUGUCGCGUAAUUGCUUAAUAGGAGAAGAUGUUUUAUCCUCAAUGGAUAUUAUUAAAGAAGACAUAUGGUGCGACAUAUUUAUUCUGCUGGCUUGGGGCGUUCUUUACAGGUUCAUAUUCUAUUUGGUUUUGAGAUUUCACUCCAAGAAUGAAAGAAAAUGA